UCUGCAGUGUAAAUGCUAUUUGCGCUCAAAGUUCAAUUGAAAUGUUGACCUGUCAAAAAAUGGAUAAUAACAACCUGUCCCCGAACACUGGGAUUACCGCCGGGACAGGCAUCAACAACAACAACAGCCGCGAGAAUAUCUACAUCGAUAUUCCGACGCCUUCGACGAGAAGUGUUUCACCGCUGUCGUCGGCCUCACCAGGAAAGGACAAAUCCUUUGGAUUUUUCCACAACAUCUACCGGAAGAUAAGUUUGAAAUCUAACGAAGAAAUCAGUAUCGGUAAUCACGAAGAUGACUCCCGCAGUUCCUCGGUUGAAUCAUGUUCCUCGCUCAGUGAUCGGCUACGGGCACCGUCGAAACGAAGAUCAAGUCCGUGCGUCAAACUAGUGGAUCAAAUAUCUUCGCUAGAGACGUCCGGAACGUCUAGUGACUCGGUGAACAAUUCGGACAAAUCCGGACGUACAUCAAGACGCUCGUCGGUUCGCAAACUGCUGGAGAGUCUAUCGAUUUCAACACCGGCCCGUGCUCGGUCGCUAUCCUGCAGCAGUACCUCGGUGAACUUCCUCAGUCAGAAAAGCCUUAAGCUGAAGGCCGAAUCAAAAGCGUCCCUAUUCAGCUCAACCAGUGCUUCGGCCACAACGACCAAUGCCAAUGCUAGCAGUAAGCCUCCGCCAAAGAAGAUUCUUCGCCGCCCGGUUUCCUACACCUACAUCCGGGGUAUCUCCGGACUGCCAACGCAACGUGUUCCCAGAUCAUCGAUCUGCUGUAGCUACUACUCGCGCUAAGAGGAGAGCCCCGUUGGCUCCCAUACCCCAAAAGCUAGGAUGUCGCCAUAUCAACACUUCUAUGGACCUACAAUAUACUUAUUCCUCGGAUGAAGAACCAGAAAAGCAGAACGAACUCUUUGCGACUGAAUUGUGCGUGUGCGAUGUGUGAACUGAUGUUAGAACUAGACGAGGACAACUCAAUUGGCAUUCGGUACCUUGCAAAUUUUCGACGAACGCUAAUUUUUACGCCACUGAAGAUUGGACUGUUAGUUGUGUUAAGUAGUAUGUAAAGUCAACCGAAAAAAUCGAGUUAAGUGAUGAACUGAUAUGGACAUGCCUGGACGAUUAAAGUGCAAUUAUUCUAAAACAAACUCUUCAUUAAGGAAUACACAAAAUUGACCAAUUUGAUUAAAAUGAUACGGAAUCAAGUGGAUACCCUUAUUUGGACACUAAGUGAUUUAUAAGCUUACUGCUAGAAUUAAUAUUAUUGAUAAACGAAGUGAGUGAAGCGGUGGAGAGUGUACAUUUGAUAGAAACGUUCGAGCUAUUCUGAUGCUGAAAUGGAUGAUGGAGAUAUAAUGGGCGGGGCAGACGAACAGCUGAUGAAAACACCAACAUAUUCUAAACUUGCGUUUAAUGGAUUACUACAAGAUUAGCCGUAGUGAUUAUUGUACUCGUUUCAAUUCAAUGGUUGUUUUACUUAGUGUGGUUUCUACUUUUCUUGCCGUUAUUGUCAUGUAAAAUAAUAAUGAUUGACUUAUCAAAACGCAAAAGUUCGAAUAGCUCUCG